CAGCAGCAGUUAGGCGAGCUAGCUUGCAAGAUGGACGCGCCCCGCCCCCGCCUCCACGAACACCCGCUGCUCGCCGCGCUCCUGGCCUGCUCUCUCCUCGCGUCGGCCGCCAGCGCGCAGCCGGCGACGCCGCUACAGCAGCAGCAGCAGGGGAUGAGCGGCGACUCCGCGACGGAGACGGACCAGGACAUGCGCGUCAGCACGACCAUGAUCGCGCUCCUGGCCGCCGUCAUCGCGGUGUUCGUCCUCAUCGCGGCCUCCAUCAUCUACCUCCGCCACUGCACCGGCUACUCCCACGCCUACGCCGGCCGGCCGUCCGACCGCGCCGCUCCCGUCGCCGACGUGUCGCUCUCCACCUUCCUCGCCCGGCGGCUGCACAGGCGGACGCGCGGGCUGGACGCCGAGGUGGUCGAGGCGUUCCCCACCAUGCGGUACGCGGAGGCCAAGGCGCUGCGCGUGGGGUCGAAGAAGGCCGUACCGCUCGAGUGCGCGGUGUGCCUCAGCGAGUUCGAGGACGACGAGCGGCUGCGGCUGCUGCCCAGGUGCAGCCACGCGUUCCACCCGGACUGCAUCGGUGAGUGGCUCGCCAGACACGUCACAUGCCCGGUCUGCCGCUGCAACCUCGACCCCAGCAAGGACACCGGCAGCGACGACGAGCCGUUAACUAAUCCUACCCCGCCGGCGCCACAGGAAGCCAACAGCACCUCCAGCGAAAUCCAUGCCGUGCCACAACGCCACCAAGAACAAGAACACGGCGCUGGUACGACGCCAGCCGUGGUGAUCGACGUGCUGACCGACGAGGAGGUCGAGCAGCGCAGGAAGGAGGCAAUGGAGCUGCAGCGGAUAGGGACCCAGCGGCGCGCGAUGCGGUCGCGGCCGAAGAAGGCGGCCGGGAAGGUGCUCGCCCGGUCGCACUCCACGGGCCACUCCGUCGCCGUGGUCCGCCUCGACCGCGACCUGGAGAGGUUCACGCUGCGGCUGCCGGAGCACCUGCGCAGGGAGAUGAUCGCCGCCGGGCAGCAGCAGAGCUCGUGCCGCGGACAGAGAUCAGGCGGGGAGGGAAGCACCCGUGGCGGGCGGUCGGCGGGCAAGUGGCCGUCGUUUCUCAGGUACACCAGGACGUUAUCAGGAAGGUUCUUCUCGGGGCCGAGGAGGACAGAUAGCUCGGACGGAGGAGAGGUGUCGUCGUCAUCGUCGUCGAGGAUUAGAGGGAAGCGAGUGGCCGCGGUCGAUUUCGCCGACGGCUCUGCUGUGGGCGGUUCCAAAUUAGGCUCUGUCGCGGUGGAUGUGGACAAGGCAACUAGCCGGCAGGUUCGAGCGUAGAAAAGAAACACGACUUUUGGAUCUGGAAAAUGGUGUUCUUCCACACAUGGGGGAACUAACUGGUUUCUGUGAUUCUGUCUGUACUAUCAAAUCCAAGAAGAAGACUGUAAUCACCGCAUGCAGUAAUGGUCAAGAAAUCCCGUUUGAAAAAAGAUGUCACUACGUCAGGCAUGAAUCCACCGCAAGUAGCUAGUACAAGAUAGAGUAGUUUUUCUGUUUCAGCUUCGAAGAGGAGCAUACAGAUUUAACCUCCGCGAACGAACUUUUACAAGCACACCUUUAAAUUUUGACCCAAAAAGGUAUAUAUGGUAGUAGAUGAACUUGUUUUUGAAGUUUUUUUUUAUUUUUUUGAAGUUGGUAGUAGAUGAACUUGUUGAAUACUCCUAUGUGCUAUGAAGAGCCACGUGAUUACACUAGACUUCUUGUAGGUCUUUCUGUAGUUAGGACAGUUCGCUUUCAGUUUAGCUGUACCCCAUAUACUGUAUAUGUAAUCCUGCCUAGUAAACAGAUUAUUUUCUUUCAAGAUGUAAAAAUCUGAAACAGAUUCAAGAUGUCUGCAAGUAAACUGAUUGAUGUCCUAUAUCUGGGUAUUCCCCAGAGUAGCUGCA